AUGCCCAAGCCCCACCACGCCGCGCCGCCUCCGCCCCCACCGCCGCCGCUACCGCUGCCGCUCGCCUUCCUCCCGCCGCGGCACUGCCCGCUCGCGGCCGCCGUCCUGGCGCUCCUCUCCGUGCUCCUCGCCACCGCGCUGUGGGUCCUCCUCGUCCUGUCCCCGGGUGCGGGGCCCGCCGCGGUGUCGGGUGCGGCGGCGGAUGCUGCGGCGGAGGCGUUCGCGGCGGCGGGGGACGACGCGUCCUCCCCGCUGUCGCUCCGCCACGUCGUGUUCGGGAUCGCGGGGUCGGCGCACCUGUGGCCGCGGAGGCGGGAGUACGUCCGGAUGUGGUGGGACCCGGCCUCCAUGCGCGGCCACGUGUGGCUCGACGCGGGCGCGCCGGCGGCGCCGGGGCCCAGCGCCUCCGGGGAGGGCUCCCUGCCGCCGAUCCGGGUGUCCGAGGACACGUCGCGGUUCCGGUAUACGAACCCCACUGGCCACCCCUCCGGCCUCCGGAUCGCGCGCAUCGCGGCCGAGGCCGUGCGGCUCGUCGGCGGCGGGGCGAGGUGGGUGGUGCUCGUGGACGACGACACCGUGGUGUCCGCGGACAACCUGGUCGCCGUGCUCGGGAAGUACGACUGGAGGGAGAUGGUGUACGUCGGCGCGCCGUCGGAGAGCCACUCCGCGAACACGUACUUCAGCCACAGCAUGGCGUUCGGGGGCGGCGGCGUCGCUCUCAGCUUUCCCCUCGCCACGGCGCUCGCGCGGACGCUCGACGUCUGCAUCGAGAGGUACCCCAGGCUGUAUGGGAGUGACGACCGCCUCCAUGCUUGCAUCACGGAGCUCGGAGUGCCCCUCACCCGCGAGUAUGGAUUCCAUCAGUGGGAUAUCAGAGGCAAUGCCCAUGGUAUAUUGGCUGCUCAUCCAAUUGCUCCUUUCAUCAGUAUCCACCAUCUGGAGCUUGUCGAUCCCAUAUACCCUGGAUUGAACUCUCUUGAGAGUUUGGAGCUCUUUACAAAGGCUAUGAAAACAGAACCCAUGAGCUUCUUGCAGCGCUCGAUUUGUUAUGAUAAAAGGCAGAAGCUUACAUUUGCUGUCUCUUUGGGUUAUGUUCUUCAAGUGUAUCCCAAUGUUCUUCUUCCUCGUGAUUUGGAGCGAUCUGAGAGGACUUACGUUGGAUAUAACAGGAUGAACCAUCGGACUGAAUUCGAUUUUGACACUAGGGAUAUUCAGAAAUCAUUGUGCAAGAAACCAAUAUUAUUUUUCUUGAAGGAUAUUUGGAAGGAUGGAAACAUAACUAGGGGUUCUUAUGUACGCUCAAGUGUUCGGGAUGACCUAAGAAACAAGGUGUUUUGCUUCAGGUCACCCCCUUUACCUGACAUAGACGAGAUUCAAGUUUCUGCAUCCCCAUUAAGCAAAAGAUGGCAUCUGGCACCAAGAAGGUUAUGCAGUGCGCUUAAAGGAUCUAUUAAUGGCACUUUAUUUAUGUUUGUUCGGCAAUGUAGUCAGGGGACUUUUGGCUCAGCUUCUGAUUCUCUAUAAUUGAUGGAAAGCAGAGGUGUAUAUUUUCUGUUCAGAUGAUACCUGGAAGAUGUAGUUACCAUCCUACAUUCUUUGAAUCAAGUGUUGUGGGGGCCCUUUUUCUGCCUCGAGCACUUGGCAGUAACCAACUGCUUGUUAUACUUGGUAGUUGUUGAAGGUAGUUUCUGUAUCUUCUGAUUGGGCACAUUAGAAAAUAGCUUUUUUGUUGAUGUUAAAAUUGAGAUUUGUUUUUUCUAAUUUAUAAGUUGCUUUGUAAAUUAUGAUGGUUUCUCAUGCUAGUGGCCUAGUACCAUUCCGUAUUGCGAUUUGACCAUUGAUGACCUGUAAUAUAUGCAACUUAGUCCUUUUCAGGUUUUUGUUCACUUUGUACUGCAUUUUAUCGAUUGCGAAAAUGAGCAAUCAUGCAUGAGCUGUUUUAAAAAAUAUUUUCAAAGUUUAAACACAGGUCUCUGACAUAAAUAUGAACCGUACUUAUUACAUAUAGUAUAUGCUUGACCGCACCUACAGCCUACUGUGCAGUGUGCACUGUAUGCUUGUCAUUGUGUUCCUGGUGUUCGCUUGCAUUCUAGAUUUCCACACCCAUUGUUUUUAUCAUUGUCUUUUCAUAUGGAUACAAGAGAAGUGAUUUCAUCCUUAACUUGUUCAGUCACAUUAGUUGAGCUAAUAGGCAGUACGCAUAUAAUCUUUUGCGUAUGACAAUUUACUUGAAUGAAUUAGAAAAUUAGGAUUCUUUCUUACUUUUUUAUUGUGUAUACUACUCCCUCCAUUACAUAUUGUAAGACUUUUUAGCCUUGCCUAAAUUGAUU